UACAUGAACAUGAUUGUUGUUUGUAGCUACAGCCAAGGAACUUACCCAUUUAAUUUGCUUCUAUUAACAGCUUAUGUGCAACUAUUACACCUUCAGGCAUGAUGGCUCCACAAAUUUUCCACGCUCAUGGGCCUUCCAGGGUUCCAUGGAUGGAGAGACUUGGACUAAUCUGCGUGUUCAUGAGAAUGAUAACACAAUUUGCAGGGCGGGCCAGUUUGGUUCAUGGCCAGUGCUUGGCCCCAGCUCCCUCCUCCCCUUCAGGUUCUUCAGAAUCAUUCUUACAGGCAGAACAACUGGUGAUUCUAAUAAUUGGAACCUCUGCAUCUGCUUUAUUGAGCUCUAUGGCUACUUUCAUUGAGCUCAAUGGUCACACUGAUGAUUAUUUCUCAAAGUUUGGUAGAUUUGUAAUCUGCAACAAAUUAUUAUAAAUUUAUUUAAGAAUUGUGACAAUGUUGUGUGCCUUAUCUUGUAAUAUUGGUUUUUGUUGGAUGGUUUCCACUUCAAGAUGUUGUAAC